AAAAUAUGUCCCAUAAUUUUGAAAAUGUAUUCGAGGAAAUUACCUCAAUGGACAUUGAGUUAAAAUCGGAUAUAGAUAACUCAAUAAGAGACGAGGAAGAAAACAUUAAUGUAAAAUCUCCAGAAUCAGGAUCUAGUAAAACUGAUGGAUUAUUCUUAAUAGAUCCAGUUUAUUCUGAAAGUACAAAAAUAAUCCUUGAAAAUUUGAUUCAAAACGUGAUCGAAAACAAGGCGAUGUUAAUAAAGCUUCAAAAAAGUGUUGAUCUUAUACUUUCUGUAGCUUGUGGUGAACAUAUCCCAGAGAUUGAUUUUUCCCAACCAGCAAACUCUUUAAAAGAAUUCUUGGCGAUCGAGGAAUACAUCAAAAUCAAAUGGAAUUACAACGAAUUAGUAGUGAUCAUGGGAAAAAUUGGGGGAAAAACCGUCGAAGCAACAACAAGAAAAAUUUGGAACAAACUUUGUACCACAACAUUAGCCGCAAAAAUAUGUUGGACCGGAGCGAAUGGAAAACACUGCCUAAGAAAUAUGAAACUAAAUAACGCUGUUAGAGACGCUGUUUUAAUGACGCAUGCUAACGCGAAAGAAUGCGAUAUUCAAAGAGCGACGAUGUUGUGGUUUUCCCAUGCUCAAGAUCGUCUACGACUCAAAUCUAAAAAAAAUUAA